UUGGGAGGUUGGGCAGGGUGUUAGGACUGGACUUAAUGGGUAGGGGCUGAGGUAGUGCAUGCAUCUUCACCCAAAGAGGAGUUUGACUUUCUCUCAGUGCCUCCCUCACACAGACUCACACAGGCUCACUCACGGCGCUGGGCUGAAAAGCUCUCGCAGCUCUGCUCUGCAGCUCCGGCCACCAGAGAUGUUACUCUUCAUGAGAUUACUGCAGGACUGAGCGGAGUGGCAGCUCUGCAGCUGAUGGGCUGCUGCUCUUUCUAUCUUUAUCUCUCUUUCAAUUUGGACACCGGGGAGAAAUAAAUAGCUCGACACACUCUGUUGGGAGGCAAAUGAAUGGCGCAGACUCGCAGGGGACUUCCCCAGGCUGCCUUUGCACCAAUGGAUCUGGACACAAGUUCUGAACGGGCCAAAUUGAGUUUGGAAGAGUAAUUUUCAUCAUUCAUUUGUAAAUGAAUUUUUGGAAAGAGACCAUCUCUCGGGUGCUCGCAGCAAUUUGUGGAUUUUAACCUGGAAAAAAAAAAUAAAACCAUAUGUUGGGCUCAAGGAUGUGCUCUGUAGUCAUGCUUCAUCACUGGAGUCUGACUGUGUUCUUGCUGUGCUCACCAGCGUCUCUUGAUGGGAGACCACUUGAAGCACUUAGUAACAGAACGAAGAGAUCGGUGAGCCACGCCCAGCUGAUGCAUGAUAAAGGGCGCUCUUUGCAGGAGUUCAAGCGGCGCAUGUGGCUGCAGGGGUUACUGGAGGAGGUGCACACGGCCGACGCCCCGCCGCACAGCAAAACCCCGAGCCAAACCUUCAGUGGAAAUGCUCUGCACCAGAAGCCUGCAGGGGCGACAAAAGACCUCCCCGACAGGCUCCGGCUGGAUCGGGAGGACCCCAACCUCCCCCAGGAGACCAACAAGGCUCUGGCUUAUAAGGACCAGCCGCUGAAAGUUGCCACCAAGAGAAAAAAAAAGGUGAGGUUAGGCCGACGCAGAGAGAAUGACAAGAAGAGGAGGAGAGCGCGUUCUCUCGUGACAAAGGGGCCAUAAAGGACACGGCACCCUGCCUCAAAGACCACCAGUACCCCUCGGAUGGUACUGCACUAAGACACUGACACAGACUGAACGAAGCCUGACAGGAUCGAACCAUGUCCAACUCAGUCGCUUCAUAUAACAACCCCAAGGUUGUGCUUGUAAAAUAAUAAUUUGCAAUGUCUCUAUUUUUGUUUUAAAUCCGUCUCCUUGAGUUUCACCAUAACGUCUUCCUAGGUCCAUAUUUAUUCGGAAAAAUCUGAACACCUCUGUAACCCCGAUUUACUUCCAAACAACCGCUUUUAUUGCAACUUCUAACCAACUGUGUACACCAGUAGAGUAUUUAUUGCCUAUGUAUAAUAACUUCACACAAAAGGAUGCUGAGUGGUCUGCUUUUUGCUUGGCCCUGUAUGUGUCGACUGUCACGGACUCGAGUCACAACAAACUGUUCAGUGAAUACAUCCGUUCAAAUGGUUCUGCCAUAAUUUAUUUCACUUUGAAAAUGUAUAUUUAUUGUGUGAAUGUAUCACGGUGCUGCUGACUAAAUUCCAUAAUGCACUUUAGUUACAUCCUGUAUAUGUUCUUUUGUGGUUGAGUUUUAAUUUGGUGAUUCUUUUUGCUCGUUCUUAUUUCCUUUCCCAACCUCUUGGACUUAUAACUUAUUGGAUACGUCAUCAAACCCACUCCCAUUUUUUGACAUUAAAGUUUAUUUUUAUAGAAUAAGCCCGAGCUGGGAGCUACAAGACUAUCAGAAACAAUGUUCUGCAUUUGCACUGAGGGCAUACUGUACAGGUUUCCAGUUAAUCAAACAUUAAAGACGUAGCCAUUAGAGAUA